AGACACCUUUCGCAUUGAGAAACCUCUUUCCCUUAGCUCUUACCUAAGCGACCGAAAUCAUGGCUGCGACCGCCACAGCACUGGUGAUGAGAGAGGUUAAUAGUCCUCUCAGCUUAGAGGACAUACACCUGAAUGACCUGAGAUCCGACGAAGUGCUUGUCGAGAUACAUGCGACAGGCAUCUGCCAUACCGAUCUCUCUUGUAUGAACGGAAAUCUACCUGCAUCUGCUCCAUGUGUAUUUGGACAUGAAGGGGCUGGCGUUGUCGUGAAAACCGGCAGCAGCAUCACACAUCUCCAUGCUGAUGACAAGGUGUUAUUGAGCUAUGCUUUCUGCGGAGAUUGUGAGCAAUGCACCAGCGAACAUCCAGCAUAUUGCAAACAAUGGGUACCGAGCAAUUUCGGUCAACAAAGGUCAGACGGGAGCUUUACCCUAUCUUUCCCGAACGGAGACCCCUUGCGUGGGAAUUUCUUCGGUCAGAGUUCCUUUGCCAGUUUGGCUAUUGUGCAUGCAUCAUGUGUUGUGAAAGUGGAUCCUGAGUGUCCACUGGAUAGAUUCGCACCACUAGGCUGUGGCUUCCAGACUGGGGCAGGUGCAGUUAUGAACACACUUGAUGUGCAACCCGGAACCAGUUUAGCGGUCUUCGGUGCUGGUUCCGUAGGUAUGAGUGCUAUCAUGGCGGGGAAAAUACGUGGUGCAAGGACUAUUAUCGCCGUUGAUUUAAAUCAGGAUCGACUAGACCUAGCGAAAAAGCUUGGGGCAACACAUACAAUCAGCGGAACUGAUGAGGACAUUGUCAAGCAAAUCCAGGCGAUCUGUCCACCGCUUGGAGUGCAUUAUGCCGUUGACUGUACCGGUGUUCCGGCAGUUGUUGAGAAUGCUAUCCAGGCGCUCGGAACUCGGGGAAAAUUGGCGACUGUCGGUGCUUCAACACCCGGGAAAACAGUCAAGGUCGAUCUCUUCUCACAACUGGUUUUCGGUCGCCAGUACGUAGGAUGCUGUGAGGGAGACGGACAGCCUGAGAAGUUCCUGCCAUACCUCAUUGAGCAAAACACAAACGGAAAUUAUCCCAUCGAAGAACUCAUCAAGUACUACCCGAUUGAGAAAUACGAUGAAGCAAUCAGCGACAUGACGACUGGGAAGACCUUGAAGGCAGUGCUACUGUGGAAGUAGAAUUGUAGCCUCAGAGAAGUUCCAUAGCUGCCAGAACCCAAUGAAUUCAGGUACUGGAUGAUCUUAAUGGUAGAGUUGAUGAAUUUGGUGGAUUUCUUGCAAUGCGGAGUAAAGAAGCGAUGACUGGAACCGUCGAAGAGAUCUGGAGCCUGAUCAUGUGAUUACACAUCUACAUAGAUACGACAAUUGAUGAUCAUACGACGAG